CUUAAUCCUGAAAGGAAAGUUUCUUGUCUAAAUCUGUUUAAAACUUGACCGAUACUUUUAUGUUGUUUUAAAACGUUCCUGUAGUUCAUGAAACCAUUGAUAAUUUUUACAAGUAGCACGCUUAUCUUUGACUUUGGUUCCCUGUCGAUCGUAGCAGCAAUGGCGGAUGUGGCUCUGUGUCUCCUUGUCUUUACAAUCGGAACUCUAACAAUAAGUCCAGGUCAUGCCGCAUCUUUCACCGUAACCCCCCUGGAGUUGGAGAUGUGCGGCAGCAACCAAACGACCUCCAUGACCUUGAGCUGUCGCCCUACCGAACUGGGAAUAACUCAGGUCUUUGCAAUCGAGAUAGGAAAGACAGGUUCUUAUAAGUCUGUAAUGGCACGCGUCACAGUGAUGGCAUCCCACGUGGAUAUCGUCAACCAAACUCUUCGGUCUCGAAUGACCCCCAAAGGCUCCAUUUCCGGUAGCAGGGGCUCCCUUGAGCUUCAACUGAGGAAUCUUGUCGACGACGACGCCGCUACCUAUUACUGCAGUAUCGCAUAUAUGACCGUUUCUGUCGCAAUGCAAGAGACGAUGGAGACAGUGUCUCUUCACACCCUCCAGGGAUCGGUCCCGAAAUGUAACAGUUUGCUGGUUUUGGCAGCCAUGCAAAAUCACACCCCCGUGACCAGCCCCACUGCAGGGACAUGUCCUAACGGCGUAGCUGGCAGGUCCGAGGCCCUGAUGUACAGCCUGUGUUCCUCUCCGGACCUAUCAUCCUGGACCGCAGGCCCAAAGGUGACAGACAUCUGCUGUCAGAUCCCCAUGUACACACCAGUGGCCACAUUUGAGUUCGGCUUCUACGUAGAAGACGAGCGCGGGAUAGUAGGGAUAUUCACGGGAUGCACUGCCGAUGGAUUUGAGUUUAUCACCCAGUUAUGUGGGCAUGCUCCAAUCAAACUGACCCUCGCAAAAACUCUGAGUAAUGGCUACAUCGGCAAUGCGGACAACUACCAUCUGGUCAAGUUUGGUACCUCUGGUAACCCCUUUGGAUAAAACUUCGGAUCUGUUUGACCAGCAGAACCAUGUAAUGAAAUAUAAUGUACUAACAAUAAAGUGUUACAUCCUGGAAGG